UUGUUGGGUUAAUGAAUCUCAACUCCCAAGAAUCGCAUUAACAUGAUUACCCCACAUGUUCUCUUGGAUAAAUUGAUGCACGAGAUCAGUGGUUGAACUCGUGAAUGCACAAAUUCAUAAUUGAUUUCUAGUUCAGUGGUUGAACUCGUGAAUGCACAAAUUCAUUGUUGGCUUACUGAACUCUGAGAAUGAGGACUUCGUGAAGAAAAUGGUGGAGACAACUCAAGAUAAUUUUCAGCAAGUUCCUGAAGAGAUUGAGAGUGUCAUGAUUGGUAUAGAAGCAUAUUUGAGCAUCAAAAAGCAUAAUUCUGACACCGGUUUGUCUUUUUUUGAAGAUGAUGAUGAAUCUGGGAGUGAUGUUGUCGAGAAGGAUUUCUUGGAAGAUUUAUGGGGUCGGAUUCAAGUACUAUGUGGCAAUGGAUGGAAAGUUGACAGUGACAGAAAAUUUUAUUCAAAAUGGAUGACUGUCAGUACCCAGACCUCAUCUCUUGUUUGAACUUUGAAGCUCAGCUGUUUGCUGGGAAGACUUAUUAGUUUGGUCCCAUUAACACUCCAGAGCAACCCGAGCCGCUUCCAGAAGUUUCCGGGGUACUUUAUGGUAAACAGAAGCACAAGCACGAUGCAGAGUUAAAGUAUCCUCAAAGGAUACGCAGGCUUAAUAUAUUUCCUGCCAGUAAAACGGAGGUACCAUAUGAUUCAUAUUGUGGAUGCUUGUAUUUGAUAUAUCAACAUUUUCAUUCUUUGAUCUCUAUAUAUCCUGUACGGUUUUGCUUUGGUUCUGGAGCUGGUAAUCACCCCCCCCCCCCCUCCUCUCAACCAACAGAAACACUCUCUUCUGGGAUGCAUAUAUAACUGUUGUGAUUUUUUUAAGCAUUAUAAAGAUGACCUUCAGACGGGAAUUGAAUGUUUCCCUUUAGCAUCUGACCCCUGCUUUACAUCAGUACCUUACUUUGCACCUGACCUUUUCCAUCAAAUCUGUCUUGGACAUGGGAGAUAAAAGAGGAAGGAGACUGUAUGAGUUUCGUUGUUAACCUGCCUGUAUUUCGUGUGAGUUAUGCAAGCAGAGGUUUUCCCAUUAUCACAUAACAAUUGACAGUGGGACUGCAAGUAUUGAAACCAGAAUAUUGUAGUCUAUUUUGUGCUACAUUUAGUUUUGCUUGUUCUUGUAAAAACAAUUUAAGCUGCAUUUCCCUGUUUAUUUGGAUAACAGGAUAUGCAGCCAAUUCGAUCGCUUGAUUGUAGAAGAGCACUUGCUGGAUGUGCUUUUGUUCCUCAAUGGAUGGUUUAUUUAAUGGAUAUUGAGCAACAAAGAAAAUGAAAAUUAUGUGAAUCUAUUUAUUUA